AUGUCUCCAACGCUCGAUGCCACCAUUUCUCCACCAGAGUCGCCGUCCCCACCAGUUUUGUCUCCCUCGUCAAAUCCGAAUCAUCCUCCAUUGCCACCCAUAAUGACAUCUCCUCCCCCGAGACGAUCGAAUCUACAACAACCCACUUCACAUGCCUCAAAGAAUAGGCUUUCGCAGUACUCGAACAACUCCGUACCUUCCCGAACACGGUCACUGUCGCACAUAUUCCCCGCCUUCCAUUCUAGUCUACCAUACACAAAUGUUCGAGAUUUCGCAUACCCAGUCCUCCAUCCGAUGCACUAUGGGCCGCCCUUAGAACCUUCGCAGCCUGCUUCUGGCUUAUCUACUCCAGCGAGCGAAAAGCGGUUCUCCGAUCCACCAACUUCGUGGGAUAACAGAGGCAGUUGGGUUCCAGGGGCGUGGACUAGUGAGGGCUUGCUAAAGGGCGAGCAGUUGGCCCCCAUACAUUUCGGAGACGGGCCACCAUGGAGUGAAGACGAAGAUCUCCAAAGCCCCGUGGUAGUUAGUUCGCGCCAUAGGAAGCAUAAGUCAUCUUCUAGUGCACUUGUGGGCUCGCAAACGCGUGGUAGGGGGAGGAGCCGAAGAGAAGAUGGUGAGCGGACUACGAGCAUGCUCAGCCAGGAGAAUCACGAACAGGACAGUGAGCUCUUCGAUGGAAGAGACGCCGAUGACAGCGAGAGAUAUUAUGCGAACGAGGGAAGUGAAGCAUACGGGCCAGGAGGGGAGGGUGAGGCUGCAUCGUAUCCAUCAGAGCAAGUUCGGCAUUCCAACUUGGCACCCUACAAUGUGCCAGGGCAGAGAGAUUCGCACUUUGCCGGUACGCUACCCAGCAGGUCAUACACGGACGAAACUGGUCGGGAAUAUCGGUCAGAGUCUGAUGCUUCCAGCUCAGCUUCUUCCCCUGGAUUGAAGCGGCAUGAUGAGUCUCGGUACUCGCGGGAUUAUCAAUUUACUAUUGCGUCUCCAGACGAGGAGAUGCACGGCAAAGCAGUUGCUCUAUUUGACUUUGAGCGGGAAAACGAGAACGAGCUACCCCUGGUUGAGGGUCAGGUUAUUUGGGUAUCAUAUCGACACGGUCAAGGAUGGCUCGUUGCGGAGGAUCCAAAGACCCAAGAAAGUGGUUUAGUUCCCGAAGAGUACGUUCGAUUAUUACGGGAUAUUCAGGGAGGCUUAAACAGCCUCACGGGCCAAGUCACCGACCAAUUACUCAGCCCGCUCGAUACAGGUACACCGACCCAGGCAGAGCAUAGCCAAACAUUUGGACAUUCGACAACGGGCAGCAAUGGAAGCAAUGGGUAUCAACAACCUAUCGUGUCGACAUUUUCGACCUCUUCGAAAGAUCUUCACCCCUAUCCUCAACAUUUACUCGGGACAUCAGCUGGGCAACCUCCCCCACAAGUGAUCCAUUACCAUGGGCAACGUGGAGGUAGCACAGCCAAUACACCGACGGUCUCGAGUCCACUAGAGGGUGCCAGAGAUAGGAACAGCAGCCAAGACGCGAACGUUCGGAAGACCAACGACAGCUCUGAUUCUACCCCCAUUGCGACGCUUCCCGAUACGAGGCUAGAAACCGCAGCAAGGCAACCUUCGAGUUCCGAUAGCGACUCGACAGACGACUUAUUGGAUACGAAGAAGGAAAGCCCAUGA